AUGGGGCUGAAAGGCUGUAGCAAAUGUGAACGAGAGGCCGAGAAGCCCGGUCGGCUGGGCAGGUGGCUCUCCCCAUUCCCACGUCCUGACUUGCUCCUUGAGCAGCGGAUGGCAAGGAGGCGGGAAGGGAGUGAGUCGCCCAGCGCCCCGACCCGCGGUCGCGCCUACAGAUUUCUUCAACGUGCUAAGGAAGAACGAUUUCCCAUUAUGUCUUUUGGUACUCUUGGCUUGAUGAAAAAAGGAAAUGACUCUAAAGUGACAGAAUUUGUACUUCUGGGUCUAUCAUCCUCCUGGAAGCUACAGCUAUUUAUCUUCUUAAUAUUUUUGUUGCUCUAUGUUGCAAUUGUCCUGGGAAACCUGUUGAUAUUGGUAACAGUGCGAGCUGAUGCUCACUUGCUCCAAUCUCCUAUGUACUACUUCUUGGGUCAUCUCUCAUUCAUUGACCUGUGCCUGAGCUGCGUUACUGUGCCCAAGAUGUUAGGGGAUUUCCUACAGCAGAACAAGACUGUCAGUUUUUUAGGAUGCAUGGCCCAGAUCUACUUCCUGCACUUUUUGGGAGCCAGUGAGAUGUUUCUGCUGACAGUUAUGGCCUAUGAUAGGUAUGUUGCCAUAUGCAAUCCUUUGCACUACCUGACCAUCAUGAACCGCCAGCUGUGUCUUCAGUUGGUUUUUGCUUGCUGGUGUGGGGGUUUCAUCCACUCUAUCACACAGGUCAUUCUGGUCAUCCAGUUGCCUUUCUGUGGCCCUAAUGAACUGGACAACUUCUACUGUGAUGUUCCCCAGGUCAUCAAGCUGGCCUGCAUGGACACCUAUAUGGUAGAGGUGCUGAUGAUCUCCAACAGUGGACUGCUGUCUCUCGUCUGCUUUUUGGUCUUGAUCUUUUCUUAUGCUGUCAUCCUGAUCACCCUGAGGACUCGCUUCUGCCAAGGCAGGAGCAAGGCACUGUCUACCUGUGCCUCCCACCUAACAGUGGUCAGCCUGAUCUUUGUGCCUUGUGUAUUCAUCUACUUGAGGCCUUUCUACAGCUUCUCUGUGGAUAAAGCUGUGUCUGUGUUUUAUACCACCAUCACCCCGAUGCUAAACCCACUCAUCUAUACUCUGAGGAAUGGAGAUGUGAAGAAUGCCAUGAAGCGUCUGUGGAGCCACAAGUUUUCUUUAAAGGAGAAGCAGAAGAGAUAG